AUAGAGAGAUAGAGCUGAAAUAGAACUUCACUCACACAGUUUACAGAUCGGACAGGACAACAUGGAGCAACCGCUGAUUUUUCCCGUGCUGAUUGGAUUCGUAGCCGUGUUAGUCACCAUCUUCUUCAUGGUCCUAAAACCAAGGAACUCUGAAAGUAGGAAAAAACUCAGCAAGCACCCAAAAACUCUGCAGGACCCCAGCAUUAAAUAUCCGCUGCCCCUCAUAGAGAAGGAGGACAUUACGCAUGACACGAAAAGAUUCCGCUUCGGGCUUCCCUCAUCUCUUCAUGUGCUCGGGCUUCCAGUCGGUCAGCACGUGUACCUGUCUGCUAAAGUCAAUGGAAAUCUGGUUAUCCGAGCUUACACUCCCAUCUCCAGUGAUGAGGACCAAGGGCACGUUGAUCUCAUCAUAAAGGUAUAUCACAAAAACACACACCCAAACUACCCUGAUGGAGGCAAAAUGUCUCAGUACCUAAACAACAUGAAGAUCGGAGACACCAUCGACUUCCGAGGGCCAAACGGCCUUCUGGUGUACAACGGCAGCGGUUUUUUUGCUAUAAGACCUGAUAAAAAGUCUGAUGCCAAACUGCGGAAGUUUAAACACGUGGGAAUGAUCGCUGGUGGCACAGGCAUCACUCCAAUGCUGCAGCUUAUUCGCAGUAUCACAGCAGAUCCCACAGACAAUACCAGGUGCUCCCUUAUUUUUGCCAACCAGACUGAGAACGACAUUUUGUUAAGGAAGGAACUGGAAGAAGUGGUGAAGAAUCACCCUGAGAAAGUGCACGUAUGGUACACACUAGACCGACCUCAGCAAGGUUGGAAGUACAGCACAGGAUUUGUAGAUACGUCAAUGAUCAAAGCGCAUCUUCCUCCUCCAGCCAGCGACGUGCUGAUCGUGAUGUGCGGACCGCCCCCGAUGAUCCAGAACGCAUGCCUGCCGAGCCUCACCAAACUCGGCUACAAUUCGCAAAUCACCUUCACAUACUGACACUGAUUAUAAAAUAAACCUUCAACACAUCGUCAUUGUUUUGGACGUAUUCAUGAGCAUCUUAUACUGUACAUAUUGAAAUAAAUAAUACAUGAAUAAAUUGUAUUUUGUGCCUGGA